AUGACAAAAACUUGUGCUAUUGUAUUUGCUGUCGGAUUUUCAAUUGGCUUGGUCAAUGGGGGUCACAUGAAUGAGUUAAAAUUAAAUGGGAAUAAAAGAAAGUUUAAAGAUGAAAUUGUUAGAAGUUCCAUUGAGAAAAUAAGGAAUUUGGGGGAAGUUUUUAAUGGGUUUGAUGAGAAGAUUCUGAAUUUAAAGAAUGAUAUUGGAAGAAGUGUGGAGUGUAAUCAAGUUACUGUGAGUGAUUUGGAAGGCUACGUUAAUGCUAUCGAAUCAAUUAAUUUAUCAUCUUUGAAUGCAAGAGAAGUUUUUGAUGAAUGUAUACAGAAUUUAUUUAUUGAUUACCAAGAAAAGGAGGAAGCUUUGAAUCAGACAUCGAGUAGGAGAAGAAAAGAAUUGGGCGAAAAUCGACUAAAUUUCUCUCAAAUUUUUGGUGGUUUGUUGGGAAGGAAGUCAAUUGAUUCAAAGUCCAAUAAAAUGAAAGAGACUGGCAUGAGAGGAUUAAUGGAUGCAGAGGGCAAUGGUCAAAGAGAAGAGAAUAUCUUAGCUGGCGUUAGUAUGAAACAUGUAAGAACUGCUGCUUCUUAUGGGCAUGAACACAAAUCAAGAAGUAUGAAAGAAAAUUUUUUGUAUUCUGAAAGCAGAGAGAAGAGUGAAAGAGAGUAUCAGGGAUCUUCUUUUCAAGAGGAGAAACGGUCCUUUACUAAUCACGAAAAUGGUUCUCCUCCUUCGUCUUCAAUUCUUGCUCAUGAUUUGGAGUUCGGUAGGUACAUUGGAGAAGCAAAUAUUUUUAUGAAAGAAGCUAAGGAAUGUUUAAGGCAGAAAAUUAUUGAUGAUGAUCGUGCUGAGAAUGCACUGUAUAAAUCUGCCAAGUUACUCUCGAAAGCAAUAGACAUGAGACCAAUGAGCUUAUUGGCAGUCGGGCAGUUGGGAAACGCAUAUCUUCUUCAUGGCGAACUAAAACUGAGGAUCAGCCGAGAGUUCAGAUCCCUACUUGCAAGAAAUCAUUCCUUUUCAGUUGAGGGGUUGGGAAAAGUACUCGACAAUUUUGAUGAUCAGCUAGUUCAUAAAGACAAACUUAAAUCUGCUCUUGUCGAUGUGUGUGAAGAAUGUGAAGAGCUACUAAUUAAGGCAGGGAGAAAGUACAGGUUGGCAUUGUCAAUUGAUGGGAAUGAUCUGAGAGCCUUGUAUAACUGGGGCCUUGCCCUCUCAUUUCGUGCACAAUUGAUAGCAGAUAUUGGACCGGUAACUUCACCUGACUUUGAUAUGAAAAAUGAAUCAAUGAAAAGAUUAACCUCACUUUUCAGAUGGGGAGCAGCAUUGCAGCACAGGUCUCGACUACGUCCAAGGAAUAGUAGCGAGAAGGUGAAGUUACUGCAGCAGGCCAGAUGCUUGUACGAAGAUGCACUUCAUAUGGACUCGGAAAAUCCCCAACUACAAGAUGCCUUGUCGUCAUGUAUGUCUGAACUAAACUACUGGUCUAUUUUAUUGUUAGAGAGGAAAGAAGAAGAGGAAGAAAGGAAUUUAGAGAAAAUGUUGGCAAUAUUCAAGAAUGGUUUGGUGAAUCCACCAAAGGAAUUGAAUAGCCCAUCUUCAUUAGAUGCUUGUGGAAGGAUUAAGAGUACAGAGGAGACUUUGAAGGAUUUCUUGGCUUCUCAUCCCACCAAUGGCUUCUCUAUUGGAUUUGUAGACAAGGCAUUGUUGGCUUACGCCCCGCCUCAAAGCCCACUCAUGGCAAAUAAGAGGUUCUUCUGUGGUGUAAAUGACAUGUACUGCAUUUUCCUGGGGAGUUUAAACAACUUGAGCAACCUUAACAAGCAGUAUGGGUUAUCAAAAGGUGGAAAUGAGGCCAUGUUUGUGAUCGAAGCUUAUCGGACCCUUCGUGACCGGAGCCCAAUCCCAGCCCAUCAAGUCCUUCAAGAUCUCGAGGGUAGCUUUGGAUUUGUGAUCUAUGAUCACAAGACUGGAACUGUGUUUGCAGCCCUUGGUGCAGAUAAAAGAUUGAGUCUUUAUUGGGGCAUAGCAGAUGAUGGUUCUGUUAUGAUCUCUGACAAUGUGGAUCUCAUUAAAGGUAGCUGUAGAAAAUCAUUUGCUCCAUUCCCUGCUGGGUGCAUGUACCACAGUGAAAGAGGAUUGAUGAGCUAUGAACAUCCAAUGAAUAAAAUGAAAGCCAUGCCCAGAAUUGACAGUGAAGGGGUGAUGUGUGGAGCUAAUUUCACAAUUGAUAAAUUUUCCAAGAUUAAUAGCAUGCCCCGGGUUGGGAGUGAAGCUAACUGGGCAACCUGGUUCGAACAGGCUUGA